CAGCUUAUAGUAUUAAAAUUACUCGCGCCUCGUGUUUGUUUUUCAUCUAAAAUUCCAACAGUCGUCGGAAAUGCCGUAACCGUUUUCGAAAAUCAUGAGGGAUGCGGGGCGGGUUCCGUACAGUUGCCCACUCUUAUAAAAUAAAAUUUUCGUGAACUUCGCACAAUGUGAAUACUCAUGAUGGCUCUAACCACGUUACCUACUAACUUAGUUGACUGCACGCAUCAGGAAAAAGUCGAGGGAGUUUGGAUUCAUACGCACGCACCUUAUUGGACACGCACCCCAUCGAAGGUCAUGGAACGAUACGAGAAGAUCGCGAAAUUGGGCGAAGGAAGUUAUGGAAUUGUGUAUAAGUGUAGGAAUAGGGACACUGGGGAAAUUGUAGCUAUUAAAAAAUUUGCAGAGAGCGAGGACGAUCCGUUGAUUAGGAAAAUUGCUUUACGAGAAAUAAGACUUCUUAAAAAUUUGAAACACCCAAAUCUUGUGAAUUUGCUGGAGGUAUUCAGGCGGAAGCGCCGUCUGCAUUUGGUUUUCGAAUUUUGCGAAAGAACAGUAUUAAACGAGCUGGAGAGAUAUCCGCGGGGAUGUCCGCACUUGCUGACUCAGCAAAUAAUUUGGCAAACGCUUCAGGCUGUGGGUUAUUGUCACCAUCACGGGUGUAUUCAUCGGGAUAUCAAACCGGAAAAUAUUCUUCUGACAGCUAAUGGCGUCGUGAAGCUAUGCGAUUUUGGAUUUGCGCGCAUGCUAAGCCCCGGGGAAAAUUAUACGGACUAUGUUGCAACCCGUUGGUAUAGGGCACCUGAAUUACUAGUCGGCGAUACCCAAUACGGUCCCCCUGUAGAUGUGUGGGCGAUAGGUUGCGUUUUGGCUGAACUCAUUAAAGGGGAAGCUCUUUGGCCUGGAAAAUCUGAUGUGGAUCAACUUUACCUUAUCAGAUCGACGGUUGGUGACCUUUUGCAACGACACAUGCUAGCAUUCAAGAAUAACGAUUUUUUCCAAGGAGUUAUAUUGCCUGUACCGCAACAAAUGGUUCCUUUGGAAACUAAAUUACCUAUGUGUAACCAAACGACUCUAGACUUUUUAAAAAAAUGUCUUGACAAAGACCCUUUAAAAAGAUGGACCUGUGAUAUGCUUUUAACACACGAUUAUUUUGAAAAUUUUAAUUUUAAAGUAGAUGACACAGAUACGCAGAACUUUGAAAAACUCUCAAGGGACAGAUCACGGAAUUCAUUAAAUGGCACCUCUUUGCCUCAGCUAACUGGAACGAAACCAAUCAGUCCAGCAAAACAAAGUAACAGCCAGCGGUCGAAAAUUGAUCAUUUACCUACAAUUUGACAAAAACUUUCAAUUUUUUCCAAGUAAAUUAAUAUUUAAUCAUAUGACACAAUAUAUUUUGCCUAAAUUCAAAUUAUAAGUGUUACUAUUUUAGGUGUAGAUUUAAGCAUAAUAGUUACUAUGUAGCAUCUAUGUUGCUGUAAAUACAAUACAAAGAGGGGUUAUUUAUUUA